AAGUGGAAACCAAAAUUUGAAGCCCUGGUGAAGAGUGACCCCACUGCUGGACUGGUGCUCACUUCUCAUCCCCAAUCUCUCUCUGUUUCGCUCUGCAUGGAGCUCUCAUUCUCUCCUUCCUCUUCACUUCGAAUCCGAGCCAUAACCCCUCUCUGCAAGGCACCCUUUCAUCACACCACCAUACCCACCAAGUCGACCGGCAAAUCUCUUCAUUCUCUCUUACAAUGCCACCCGAGAUUGCCUUCUUUUGGGCUGUACGCUCUCACCAGCUACUCAAAAUCCGCUUCGAAUAGACAGCACAGGCGUAGUUCUAUCAGGGCCUGUACUCAAAUUGGGGCAGCCGGGUCUGAUCCAAUACUAAAUAGAAUUUCAGAUUUUAAAGAUGCGUGCUGGAGAUUUCUUAGGCCCCAUACGAUACGAGGAACAACUCUAGGGUCCCUUGCUUUGGUGACAAGAGCAUUGAUUGAGAACUCUCAUUUGAUAAAGUGGUCUCUGCUAUUGAAGGCAUUCUCUGGUCUUUUUGCUUUACUAUGUGGUAAUGGCUAUAUAGUAGGCAUCAAUCAGAUAUACGAUAUUGGGAUUGACAAAGUAAACAAACCUUACUUACCGAUAGCUGCGGGGGAUCUUUCAGUUCAAUCUGCAUGGUUUUUGGUGAUAUUUUUUGCAGUGACUGGCCUGUUGAUUGUUGGAUUCAACUUUGGCCCGUUCAUUACUUCUCUUUACUGUCUUGGUCUUUUUCUUGGCACCAUCUAUUCAGUUCCUCCAUUUAGAUUGAAGAGAUUUGCUGUUGCAGCAUUUCUUAUAAUUGCCACGGUGCGCGGUUUUCUUCUUAACUUCAGUGUAUAUUAUGCAACGAGAGCUGCACUUGGACUUCCAUUUGAGUGGAGCUCACCUGUGGCUUUCAUCACUGCAUUUGUAACAUUGUUUGCACUGGUCAUUGCCAUAACAAAAGAUCUUCCAGAUGUAGAGGGUGAUCGCAAGUUUCAGAUAUCGACCUUGGCAACAAAGCUUGGAGUCAGGAACAUCGCAUUCCUUGGUUCUGGGCUUUUGAUGGUAAACUAUGUUGCUUCUGUACUGGCAGCAAUUUAUAUGCCUCAGGCUUUCAACCGUAGGUUAAUGAUACCUGCUCAUAUAAUCUUGGGAUUAAGCUUGAUCUUCCAGGCAUGGGUAUUAGAACAAGCAAAUUACACUAAGGAAGCAAUCUCCGGGUUCUAUCGAUUUAUAUGGAAUCUCUUCUAUGCUGAGUACAUCAUAUUUCCUUUCAUCUAGCAAAUUAUUCUUUAUUUCUCCUGACCUUUUAUUAGAGAGAGAGAGAGUGUGUGAUAGAGAGAGUUGGUGUACAUUAUAAUUAGUUGUAAAUAUCAGCAAAUGCUCUCAGAUUUUCCUAUCCUGUGUGUAUGUAUUAUUAGGGAAAAAUCCCUCUUUUACCAAAUUGAAUUCCUAUAGAAAACAUAAGUGACAUGUAGUAAUGUGGUAUGAUUCCCACUUCCCGGAA